AUGGAAAAUUGUUGUUUUAAAUUAUUGAUUAGAAAAUGUGUCAGAUUGAAUACUCGAAGACGACGAUAUUGUUGUGGUUAUUUAUAUAUUCUUUUUUGUGUAUCAGCUUUACUUAUUUUAUUAAUUAACUUGCAAAGUUUUAAAUGGCAAACAAAUGUAUCUGAUCAGGAUAAAGAUCGACCACAACAUUGUGAUCAAACUAUUAUACGGCAACAUUAUAUGUAUAAUGAAAGACCUGAACAAUUAUUUGCACGUGAACCAAUUCGACCAUCUUUUUCAUAUGAAUUACCUAAUGAAAAUUUUUGUUCAUCAAUUAAACCUCAUGCUGUUAUAUUUGUUGUAUCAAAAUCAACUAAUUUUGGUGCACGUAAUGCUAUUCGUCGUACUUGGGGUAAUUUAAAACAUGUAAAUUUUAUACAAGAAUUUGCUCAUCUUCGUCUUAAACUUCUUUUUUUCAUUGAUAUUGAUGAAUCUCAUCUAUUAAGUAUUGAGCUCGAACAAUCAAUUUAUAAUGAUAUUGUUCAAGUUCGUUUACCACAACAUUAUACAUUAUCUACAUAUCGUGAUAUGGCUAUAUUAGAUUGGACAGAAACAUUUUGUUCACAAGCUUUAAUGACAAUCAAAACUGAUGAUGAUAUUUUUCUUAAUAUAUUUUUAUUGGCCAAUCUUUUAAAUAAUAUUACUACUAAUAUAAUAAUCAAUCAAUCUGAAAUUGAAUGUAAACAUAUGUCAAGUUUUGAUUCAUUGGCAAUUAUUUAUGGUGUUAAAUUUAAAAAUGCACCAGUAAUUCGUUAUACAAAUAAUCCAAAAUUAGAUAGAGCUCGUUAUAUUGUAACUGAUGAUGAAUAUCCAUGUACAUAUUAUCCUGAUUAUAUGAGUGGUUUUGGUUAUAUUAUUAAUCGAAAUGCACGUUUAAAACUUCUUUGUGCAUUUUUUCGACAUGAAAAAUUAUUUCAUAUGUCUGAUGCUUAUGUAACGGGUAUUUUACCUGAAUAUAUGAAUAUUCGACGACAAAGUUUAAGUUUUAAAAUAAGUUUUGAAACAAAGGAUAAUUGUGAUUUAUUUUUUCAUAAACCAAAAGCAUAUGCAUGUGCUUCUUCAUUACAUUAUCAAUAUGAACAAUCAUCUUCAAUUACAGAGAUCGAUAUAUUUCAAACAUUUAAUAUCUAUUGGAAACGUCUUUAUGCUAAUCGAUUGAUAUAUAAAAACCGAAUUCGAUACUUAUAUUAG